GCAAAACUGCUACAGACAACGCGCAGGAAAAUUUGCUGGGGUUUUUUUUUUGGUCAUGUCUGCAGAAGCUUAGGUUAAACUAGAGUUUUUACAGUAAAACAAGUGCUGUAGCUAAAUUUAGAAAGAAAGAAAAAUACUACUUUACGUUCAAAGCUAACUGGUGUCGGUUUUUUAUAUUUGGCGAAAGCGUUUUGUAGAUGCGAUCACCUUAAAUUUCACGUAGCCUACCUUAUUUAUCUGUCACAGCUUAUAUAAGUUCUUCUUCUAGGUAUUCAGGUAAAAUAAAUCAAUAAUAAUUAUAAUAUGGACUCAGAGUAUAUAAAGAAACACCUUGGGACAUGUCUGCCGGAAGGACUUGCUGAAGUAGCCGAGCGGCGUCCUGUGGACCCUAUCCUAUAUCUGGCUCACUGGCUGUAUAAACACAACUCAAAUGUUGAAUAUGAGAAAGCGAAAAAAGCCAAUUUACCUCUUCUGGAGCAGGAGCAGGCCAUAGCCAGAGAAGAAGGAUUACACCAGGAAAAGCUGAGAGAGGAAGAGCAGAAGAUCAGUGAGACCACAACACAGGCUGCUGAGGAUAACAAACCUCUAAAAGAAGAGAAAUCAACCACUAUAAAUCCAGAAAACCAGGAGGACACAGAUCAACCCCAACCUGAAGCACAGACAAAUGACACAUACGAGAAAGAAGAGAAAAUAAUGUUGGAGCCAAGUGCUGAUCACGUUGAAGAGAAAGAUGAGGAGGAGGCAAACGUCCAUCAAGAAGAAGUGAUGGAGGGUGACCAAGAUAAGGAAAAGGGUGCAGAGCAAUCUGAAACUGCUGAUCCUGAACACAUUUACCAACUGCGAUCAACGUCCAGACAAGAUGCCAGUGAUUUAAAAUCAAAUGAUACAGAGGACACACACACACAAAACCAUCAUACCUUUGACCCUGGAGCCAUGGCGAAGGAGACAGAGGGGCAGCCGACGAGCGAGACCACUGAUAGCUCGGCUCCGGCUGAGAGUGAUCCAGCAGCAGAGGGAACAGUGGAGAGCGAGAGACUGGAGGAAGAAAAAGAAGAGAGGCCAUAACUGACUAAGUCCAUCAGAUCAAUCAGCCAUUGAUCCAUCUUUAGAUCCAUUUUUAAUAAUAUUAUAGUCCAAGUGAUUACAUGUAAUUGUGUCUAUGCUUGUGUAUGUGCAAAAACUAGAUAAAACCUGUCACACUCAUUCAUUUGAUGUUUUUAUGCUCACAUUUUUAUUUAGCACAACAUGCUUUAAGCUCUUAAGGCCUGGACGUAUUUUCAGAGUGAAAUAAAGAGACUAAAAUGAAGAAUUGUUCUAUGAUAAUAAGGUUCCUGUGUCUGUUUAUGUAGUCCUCAGAGAAUGUAUUCCCACAGAAAAUAUCUGUUUCCUGUGUCUGCUAAUAAAUUUCAUUAACAGAGAAAUUUCCUUACCUGUGAUUUUUUU